AUGCGCCACCCUAUGCUUGCAAGCACAUAUAGUACACAACCUCCAUUUUCGACUCCAUUCGGCCCUCAGCUAAGCUAUCCUUACCGUCCUCAGUCUUUUGGCUUCCAGCGCUGUAACUCACAAGCCUCCAUGGGUCACUAUCCUGAAGCCCCCGUCUUCGACUAUCAGACUCACUCCCCGCAACUCUUUAGCCCCCAGCUCCAUAAACCUCAAGCUAACCUAGUCGUCCCGCAAUGCUAUGACCCAGGCUCUAGUGGUGCUUAUUCCUAUCAUAGCUACACACGUGCCAAUCCGUUUUCCAGUCCAGGAAUGUUUCCCGGCACCGAAAAUUAUGACGCAGUUCUAUUUAGUAGGCUUGGUGAUUGUACCCCAUCACUGACAUAUCCGUUCCCUGAUCGGAAUGUUGAUGCCUGGUUAAAGAAUGAUGUGGAUGGACAUGAAAAAGAAGUUCUACCAUGGGACCCUAGCACUCGACAAUCAAACCAGGCAACGUAUUUUACUCCGCGCAACUUUGGCAGUUGGAGCUAUGACAGUGAAGCCCAUGGUGAACAAUCAAGCUACACUACGACCUAUCAGCAUGCCCCGUACAUCCACCCUUCUGAGCUUCAGGAAUCAUACGGGAAUGAACUCCAAGCCGGACUACAAUUCGAUGACAGUCAUGUUGCUGAUCAAAAAGAGACUCAUGGAGACAGCGCCGGACUGGAUGUCCCUUCGCCGGUAGUUGAAUUUCGAUCGUAUGGAAAAAAGAUCAAUGCACCCUUACAAACGCUGUGUAGAGUGUCAUGCAAUGUUGACCAAUACAUGAAAUCGCCAUCGGCGGCUAGGGCUGUGUCAGUGUGGAAGAGAGCGCACUCAAGGGCACACGGUGACGUUAAUCGCUCUGGGACCAGCUCUGAUGUGCUGCCACUGAGGGAACAUGGAAUCAGAGAUAGUGUAGGUGUCAGUAAUGAACAAAGUAAGGAGUAUUUGCGAUAUAUAACAAAAGUCACCAAGAAAUUGAACAAGACAAUGUCGGAUAAAAAUGAUGAACAGGCUCGCCAGGCCCACGCUGUGCAGAACGCUCAACCGACUAGCAAUAGCAGUCAGCCACAAAACCUUACUCCUCAGCAGGCCGAACAGGAACUAACUUGGCAACGCGGCCAAAUGAAUGCCGGUCUCCCUUAUCAAUAUACCGUUGCAGGGGGCCCCAGUUCACAGCCAGCACAGCAACUUGGUCAAGCCUCUGGUGCUCGUACUGCGAAUAUCAGCAACUUUCCCACAGGACAGACCGGCGGCAUUAGCCUUGGAGAUGCUCGAUUGCAAUGGGCGGGAGACAUCAUGCGCAGGGGAUGUGCACCUUUGAAACUCUCUCCGGCUCCCGCGGGACUACGUCCAGGCGCUCUGCCUGCUCAUAUCAUGAUACCUGUUCCCAAGCCUGACGAUACAAAUACCCCUGAGGAUCAGCAGGGUCGUCAAUAA